UAGAAGAUUGUUGUGAAAUAUCUCCACCAAGGGCCAAUAAUAGCCCAAAUGUUGUUGGUGUAUCAGUUAUUAGACCAUUAAAUAUUGACAAAAUAAGAGUUAUACGCUCCCAAGUCGGAGAUAUAGGUAGUAGCAAGAGUUCAGAAAAGAAAUUUGAAAAAGCAGAUUGGAAAGAGAAAUUUAGCAAAAAACAAGUUGGAAUCUCUGACAUGACUAUGCUGAGCAAAGUUAAUAAUGAUGCGAUUAACGAAAAUUUAAAGAAAAGAUUCGAAAAUCAUGAGAUUUACGACUUGGGUAUUUAUACAGAUCAAAUAUUGAAAAGUUAUACUGGAAAAAACCUGCUCGAGUAUAUUGCAACUGUAAGUGGUGGUGCCUCAUCUCAAAUUAAAGAGAUUAAAGACAUGGUUUUGGCUACAAACCCUUUAUUGGAAAGUUUUGGAUGUGCUAAAACUCUUCGUAAUAAUAAUUCAAGUCGACAUGGGAAAUAUUUGGAAAUUCAAUUUAAUUCUCAAGGAGAACCUGUUGGCGCAGUUAUUACCAAUUAUUUAUUAGAAAAGCGUAAUUUUCAUAUUUUCUAUCAAUUCACCAAGGCAGCUUCUCCUGAAUACCAAGAUCAAUUCGGAAUACAAGGUCCUGAAAGCUAUUUGUAUACUUGCAAAAGUGGAUGUCUAGAUGUUGAUGGGAUCGAUGAUACUAAAGACUAUUCUGAAACUUUAGAAGCGAUGAGUAUUAUUGGUCUGACACAAAGUGAACAAGAUGAUAUUUUUAGAAUGUUGGCAAUUAUUUUAUGGUUGGGAAAUGUACAAUUUGAGGAAAACAAGGAUGGAAAUGCCGCUAUUAGCGAUGAAGAUGUUACAAAUUUUAUCGCGUAUAUCAUGGAAAUUGAUGGUGACGUUCUUAUUAAAGCAUCAGCCGUACGUGAUGCUCUUGCAAAAGCAAUAUACAAUAAUUUAUUCGAAUGGAUUGUGGAUCGUAUCAAUUCUGCUCUAAGAUCCCGUACUACAGCAUCCCAUGUUAUAGGAGUAUUAGAUAUUUAUGGUUUUGAAAUCUUUGAAGAAAAUAGUUUUGAACAAUUAUGCAUUAAUUAUGUCAAUGAAAAGCUUCAACAGAUUUUUAUUGAACUUACUUUAAAGACUGAACAAGAAGAGUAUGUUAAAGAAAAAAUUAAGUGGACUCCUAUUGAAUUUUUUGAUAAUAAAAUUGUAUGUGAUUUAAUUGAAGGGAAACGUCCACCUGGUAUAUUCGCAGCAUUGAAUGACGCUUGUGCUACAGCGCAUGCUGAUUCUGAGGCUGCUGAUAAUUCAUUUGUUCAAAGAUUGGGUUUUCUGAGUUCAAAUCCACAUUUCGAGUCUAGAGGUAGCAAGUUCUUGGUAAAACAUUAUGCUGGGGAUGUUUUGUAUACAAUAUCAGGUAUGACUGAUAAAAACAAAGAUCAACUAGUAAAAGAUCUAUUGGAAUUGAUCGAGAGUAGUGGAAAUAAAUUUGUGAGACAAUUGUUUCCAAAUAAAGUUGAUCGUGAUAGUAAAAAGAGACCUCCUACUAUUGGGGACAAAAUUAAGUCAUCAGCCAACGCUUUAGUUACUAAUUUAAUGCAAGCUCGUCCCUCGUAUAUUCGAACUAUAAAACCAAAUCAUAAUAAAAGUCCAUCAGAAUAUGAUCAAAAAAUGGUACUACAUCAAAUAAAAUAUCUUGGACUUAACGAAAAUAUUCGAGUAAGAAGAGCAGGAUUUGCAUAUCGGCAAACCUUUGAAAAGUUUUUAGAAAGAUUCUAUUUAUUAUCGAAAAAAACAUCAUAUGCUGGUGAAUAUACUUGGCGAGGUGACUCGAAAACUGGUGCAGAACGAGUUUUAAAAGAUUGCGGAAUCGCUACUGAAGAAUGGCAAAUGGGUGUCACCAAAGUUUUUAUUAGACAUCCUGAAACGCUGCGUGAUUAUGGACAUCAAAUAUUAGAUGAAAGGAAGGAAAGACGAAGGUUUAGUCUGUUAAGCAUGAGAAAGUUUAUGGGAGAUUAUUUAUUUGUCAAUAUACCUGGAGGCAGUGGUGAGGCAUUGAGGAAUGCCUGUGACAUUGGUGCUCUAUAUAUUGUUAUUUCAACACUUGAAAAAAAAUUACUGACAAUGAAUGUUGAAAGAAAAAUUCCUCUCGUUAUGAUUAAAGGUGCCAGUUUAUCGCAUUUACGAGAUGAUUGGGUGAUAUUACAUAUUGAUAACCCAACGAAAGAAUUAGGAGAUUUAAUAUUUUCAUGCCUUUUCAAGACUGAAUUUGUAACGCACUUGUCGGAACUUAAAGGGAAUCGAUUUGAUGUUAAUAUUUCGGAAUCAAUUGAAUAUACUAAAAAAAUUAACAAAACAGCUACUAUGAAAUUUAUUAAAGAUGAAAAUGUUAAAGAUGAUGUAUAUAAAAGUCAUACAGUCACUGUAUGUUCUGGAGAACCAUCAAAUAGUUUAUCAGAUCCACCUUGUCCAAGAAAAGAAUCAUCUUCAACUGCUUCAAGAAAACCGCAAAAAACUAGUAAAGCUACGAAACCUAAAGUAACAAAAACGCCAGCUUCGAUUAAUGCACAGAAAACAAAAACGGUAACUGCAAAUAAACCUUCAGCACCCGUAUCCACAAAAAAUUCAACAGCAAUUUACGAUUUUGCAACAGAAGAUUCUGGAGAAUUACCAUUUAACAAAGGAGAUGUACUAGAAAUUAUAGAAAAAGACGAUAAUGGAUGGUGGUUGGCAAAAAUGAAUGAUGAUCAGGGGUGGGUACCGAGUAAUUACCUAGAAGAAAUCAAAGUCGCGCCAGUACCUACAAGACGGAAUAAACCACCACCACCUGCAAUACCUACAAAAGCAACAAGUUGA